GCAUCAACAUGGCAUUGUCAUCUUCCCACAUCAUCUUGCUGUGUGCCAUCGGUUUUGUCUUGCUGGCAAGACCUGCUCACGCGUUUGGUGCAGGCAACAUUGGUUCAACGUCCAAGAUCGAAGGACAGAACUGGCGUCAUGGUGAUCUCGAAGACACUCUGCUGACCAUCGUUGCUGCGCGUGCCAUGGGAGGUAAGAAGUUCGGGAAACUCGAUGUCAAGAGAGUCUACUUCGGCAACUGGCUCCGAGACUACAGUCAAGCGGUUGAUGUUGGCACUGUCAAAUAUGUCAGUGCGGAAGCGAUUCGUAUCUUGCUCUGGAUUUUGGGCUUCAUGUCAUUUGGCUAUGGUUCAGGCGAAUUCGAAGUGACUACACAGAGACUCGGAUGUUACAGACCUGAGGAACACAUUGACAACCCCAAAGAUUACGCAGACAACGAAGAUGCGAGACAAUAUGACCGCCGCCUGCGAGGUCCGGUUGACGAGCGUCGUGAAUUGGCUAUCAAUCCCCAGACAGGUCUGAAGAACUACAUUGCUUCGGAAGGAAUGGGCAUCGACACUUCUGCAGGCCUGGUCAGACAUCUCUUUGGUCGAUCUAUUGAGCUCGGCCGCCAGUAUGCUCGAACCAAGAACAAGAAGGAUCUCUACGAAGCGCUUCGCCUUUUGGGUACCGGUAGUCACUGUCUCGAAGAUUAUGCUGCUCACUCGAACUAUGUCGAGCUUGCCUUGAUUGAACUCGGAGAACGUGAUGUCUUUCCUCACGUCGGACGCCGAACGCAGAUACAACUCCGGGAGGCAAGACAUCCGGUCUUCCCAGUCGUCACGGGAACAUUUGGAGGGGUCGACUUUCUGCAUUCGGUUUGUGGUGAAUUCGAUGACAAGACAACUCAAAGCGAAAUUCAAGAGCUGGAAGGGACCAUGCAACAAUAUCAGGGCAUGAGCAACGAUAGUAGUAUCCUUCAAGACCUCCUGAACAAAGUCCCCUCGGGCAUUUUUGGAGGCAAAGACGAAGCUGGCAAAGCGAACGAGCUCAAGCAGAACUCGGUCAACCAUCAGAUGCAGAACACUCGCAUCUCUCCAAGGCAACCGGAAGAGUGGACACGAUAUCUUGCUGAUGUUCAAAAGCAAAUCUAUCCAAUCAUCGAAUGGCACGACGAGAUCAUGCAAUCUAUCACCGAAACGAUUGAAAAGAUCCCCAUCCUGCCAGACUUGAUCGAAAAUAUUCAGGACGAGAUCAACAAAUUUGUCUUCAGUCUCCUUGCACCAUAUGUUGUCCCAAUCAUUAACCAGGUCAAGAACGAGCUCAACACUGGCUCAAACGAGAUCAUUCAAUCUAGCGUGGACAAACAGCAUAUCGUCUUCAAUGACGAUCACUCCAGUGAUCCCACCCACUCAAUGCUGUCCAAGGAUCACUUCUCCAACAUUCUCAAUGAGCCUGCUGGAAAGGUCGCCAGACAGACCAUCCAAUGGGUUGUUCCCCAGAUCAUCGCAGCCUGGGACGAUGACCGUGUGGACGUUGAGCGAAUUCUGGACCGCAUCAUCAAUGGUAUCCUCCACCACCCUGCUCUUCGAGAUUACGGUCAAGAUGGAGCAGGUGAUGGUCGCCGCUUGAUGUUUCGAGUUGUCCAAGAAUGGUGGCAGAGCAAGGACGAGCGCGAGAAGGACGGCUUUCGAGAUAAGCUCAGCCGACAAGGUGUCCAGUCUGGCAGAAACCACAAAGAAGGUGUGCAAGACCAUGGCCACGGUAGCAAUCGUCCUCUGGGCAUGGCCAAUCUGAACUCCCACCAGCAAUCGUCCGGGCUUGCAGGUGGUGCGCUAGGUGCAUUGGGUUCUGCAAUGGGAGGAAACGACUCAUACAACAGUCGUCCUUCGAAUAACGAUGCAGAUAGCUUCGGAAAGAUGGCUGGCGAAGCAGUGGGCGGUGGAGUGCUUGGCUCGCUGGUUGGUGGACUUGCCAGCAAUAUCGGAGGCGACAUCCUUGGUGGAGGUCUCAACAAGGAUGAACAGACAUACCAGAGCGAAUCGUAUGGACGAGACGGUUCUUACACUCAAACCACGACCCAAGCUGGCCAUUCGCAGUCUGGAGACCGAUAUGGACAGGCUCAAUACUCGCACACUACGGAGCCUCACGGCCAGCGCGAGGAGUACAGUCGUUUUGAGCAACGUCAAACCGGAGGAGGUCACUAUCAAACGGAGGUUCGCCACGAGGAACAUACAAGUAGCGGGGGUCAUCGCGAGGAAACUAGGCGAUACGACAAUUAUAGCGAACGUCCAUCACAUGGUGGCCAUCAUGAGCGGAAACACAGCCACGGCAAACAUCAUCAUGACGAUGAUAAUGAUCACGAAGAGCGAUUCUCAAGUAGCGGGUAUGGCGGCAGUACCGGGAGAGACACGUACGGCCAGCAGGAGCGACGUCAAGAAUACGGACGACGUGAUGAUGACAAUGAGCAUGGCGGCAGUCGACGACACGGCGACAACGAAUACAACAGUCGACGAACUGAAAAUGAGUAUGGUUCGAACACCGGUUAUGGCCGCCAAGAACGCCAGUCCGAGUACUCCUCCAGCGGUUAUGGUCGACAGGAAGAGACUAGCUACGGUGAUCGACGUGAAGAAUACGGUAUGCCAGGUGGCUUUGGCGGCGGUCGCGCUGAAGAGCCAUCCUAUGGCUCUGGAGAGUAUGGAGGCCGACGUCAAGAGCAGUCGUACGGCGGCUCGAGUGGCUAUGGCCGUCAGACCGGCGAGUAUGGCGAGUCGGGAGGCUAUGGCGGCGGUGGUAGCAGACGCGAAGACAACUACGGUUCAAGCGACAUGCCAGGCGGUUUCGGUCGACAGGCAGAAUCAGGAUAUGGUGGUGGUAGUCGACUGUACGAGUCUGAGAAUCGCGGGUACGGCGGUGGCGGUGGUGAUGAAUACGAAGGCGAAGGCUAUCGUCAACGACGAAAUAGGGAAAAUGAGGGUCAGGGUGGAGAUGGAUAUGGUGGUGGCUACGGCUCGAGAUACUGAGCUGAGCUGGGGCAAUCUGUAUCCAUAACAUCUGACCCCCAAAGUGAAUGAGUCCCAAUCACGAAUACCGAGAGUACGAUGGGUGCGUGAUACACGAGGAGAGAUGCGUGGACAAUGUGAAAACGAGAAAACGAGAAGAGGAAGCUGUGAUGGUCCUGCAAAGAACGACGACGCCUCUCAAACAGAGUAGUGAGGGAGGUGUGCAAAGGCGAGCUGGGGUUGUAUUGCUAUCACAAUUGCCCGUGCGGUCGUUAACCCAAGAAGGAUAAUUGGGUUUCCUCGAGGAGUCGAGGUAAAUA